AUGGAGAACCAAACUUCAGUGCCUUAUUUUUUGCUUCUGGGAUUCUCAAAUAAUCGGCAUCUGCAGCUUUUGCAUUUCUUCUUGUUCUUUGUGUUAUAUCUGGCAACUGUAACAACAAAUCUUCUGAUCAUCUCUGCAGUUGCUUUUGACCAUCGACUGCACAGCCCCAUGUAUUUCUUUCUUACGAAUUUAGCUCUACAGGACAUGGCUAUUGUUUCAAUCAUUGUCCGCAAAUCCAUGAUAAAUUCCCUCUUGAACACCAAACAAAUCUUUUACUUUGGUUGUGCUGCUCAGAUAUUUCUUUUUUUCUGCUUUGAAGCUUCUGAUUUAUCCCUCCUGACAGUUAUGGUAUAUGAUCACUAUAUUGCCAUUUGCCAUCCACUGCACUAUGAGAUGGUGAUGAAUUGGAAACAGUGUGCUAAAAUAAUUCUUCUAGUGUGGGUUACAGGUAUUCUUUAUGGAAUUUUGCAUACCACUGGCACUUUUUUCAUCCAUUUUUGUUCAAAUGUGGUCAACCAAUUCUUCUGUGAUAUUCCACAGUUGGUAAAACUAUCGUGCUCAGGAUUAAAUCUACUUGAGUUUGGAAUUCUUGUGGCCGGUAUCAUUGCUGGACUAGGUUGUUUUACUUUUAUAGUUGUAUCUUAUGCAGUGAUAUUCAAGACAGUGUUAAGAAUCCCUUCUGAAAAAGGAAGGCAAAAAGCCUUAUCCACUUGUAUUCCCCAUCUUAUGGUAGUGUUUAUGUUUCUCUUAAGUGGAUGCAUUUCCUACCUGAGACCUUCCGCUAACACUCUAUCUUAUUUAGAUAUUGGAUUGACUGUUUUUUAUGCCCUCCUUCCACCUCUAUUCAAUCCAAUCAUCUAUAGCAUGAGAAACAAGAAUAUCAAAUGUGUCCUUUCUCAACUUUGGAGAUUUUAA